GGGAAAUUCGACACGUGAGCUCAGCUUAAGAAUAAUUUGAGAUUGCAAAAGAAUUUUAGGAUGUUUUAAGAGAAAAAAUAAUGGUGGCGGAGUUUGUCGCCCGCCAACAUCAUUCUAGUUCCCCUGUUAACGGAGAAACACCAGCUCAAAAUUAUUCUAAUACACCGUUAUCAUUUCAUAACAGUUUGAAAGGAACACCAUUUAUUAAUAGUGGUAAUAGUAAUACUUCAUCAUCAUCACCAACACACAAUACAAAUAACAAUAAAAGUAAUAGUAAUAAUAAUUUAAAUAACAGUGACUCAGGAAUAAUAUCAAAUAUGCGUAUGACACAUUCACCAGCGUUAUCAAUUAAUGGUAACUCAAAUGGAUCAAAUUCAGGACAUGGAUUAUUAUUACCGAGAUCACCUAUGUCUCCUAUGUCACCACAACAUGAUAGCUAUUCACAAAGUAAUUAUGAAAUGAAUCAAUUAAAACGUAAAGAUUUAUUUACGCAACGUAAACAACGGGAAUUUAUACCAGAUAAUAAAAAAGAUGAGAGCUAUUGGGAUAGAAGACGUCGUAAUAAUGAAGCAGCAAAACGUUCACGUGAAAAAAGACGUUUUAAUGAUAUGGUAUUAGAACAACGUGUUGUUGAGUUAACAAAAGAGAAUCAUGUUCUUAAAGCUCAAUUGGAUGCCAUUAGAGAUAAAUUUAAUAUAUGUGGUGAAAAAUUAGUUAGCGUUGACCAAAUAUUAGCAACAUUACCAACAAGUGAACAAGUUUUAAGUAUUACAAAACGUGCUAAAAUAUCAAAUACAGUACCACCAACAAUUAUUUAUCCAUUAUCAUCAAGUCCAAUUUUAACAUCUGUUAUACAACCAUCAUUACAAACAAAUUCUUUAAUAGAUAGUAAUAGUAAUAAUAAUAAUAAUAAUAAUAAUAAUAAUAAUAAUAAUAAUAAUAAUAAUAAUAAUAAUAAUAAUAAUAAUAAUAAUAACAAUAAUAAUAAUAAUAAUAACAAUAAUAAUAAUAUUAAUAAUAAUAAUAAUAAUAAUAAUAAUAGUGGAAGAGAUAGUAACAUUCCAAUUGGUAGCUCGAUAACAGCAACAACAUCAUCUUUAUUAAAUCAUACUACAAAUAUAUUAUCUUCCUCAUCUUCAUCGUCAUCCUCUUCUUCUUCAUCAUCAUCUUUAUCAACAGCUUUACAAAAUCAACCAACAUCAUCUCAACUAAAUUCACCUAUUGGUUAUAUAUCAUCACGUUCUUAUUCAACAAGUACAACAAUAAAUCAAAAGAAUUUAAAUAAUAGUAAUUCAACUUCACCUGGACUACAGCAACAACAACAUUCAAAUCAACCACAUCCACUGCAACAACAUCAAAGUAUACUAUCUUGUGACAGUACUUCUUCAACAAGUUAUUCUCAUCAUCAUAAUAAUAAUAAAAAUAAAGUAAUAUAUCAUCAGCAACAGCAAUUACAAUCAAAUCAUCAUCAUUUUCAUCAUACUAAUUGUAAUCAUCAUGAUGAUAAUAUCUGUCAUCAUAUAUAUAAUAAUAAUAGUAACAACAACAAUAAUAAUGGAAAUCAAAAUAAUUCUAAUUCAUCAUCGAAUAUUAGUGGACGUUUGGAACGUAAUAGUUUUCAUCACCGUCCAAUAUUUGAUCAAAGAAAUGAAAAUUCAAAUAAUAACAGCAUUAACAGCAGUAGUAAUAAUGGCAAUUUAUCUUCUGCUCCAACACCAUCAUCCACAUCGCCAUAUGAUCAUCAUUCUAUAUUUUCACAUACAAAUCAUCAUCAUUUGUCUGGACAUUUACCAUUCUCUGGUAAUAAUACAACAAAUUCUGGUACUAUAAUUAAUCCAAAUAAUAUUUUAUUAUCAAAUGAUCAAAUUGAUAUACCAACUGGAUCAACAUCAUCAAUAUUAAAUCGUGCGAUGUCAUCGCCGAAAUUAAUAAUUAAAAAUAAUUUAAAUAAUGGUACUUUAAUUAGUUGUAAUAAUAACAGCUCUGCAACACCUUCAUUAUCUUCGCCAUCAUCAUCAUCGUCAACUGCAUCAACAAGAGAAAUAAGAAAUAAU